UCUGACGGGAGGAGGGAUGAGUGUUGCUCUCAAUGACGUGCGCAUCUGGAGGAGUCUGCUCGAAAACAUCCCGGAUCUAUACGACGACGGGGCUAUGCUGCAGGCAAAGAAAAAAUUCCACUGGGAACGCAAGUCAUCACAUUCUUUCGUGGUGAAUGUGUUGGCCCAAGCCCUGUAUGAGCUGUUUUCAGCCACAGACUAUUCUCUUCAAGAGCUGAGAAAAGCCUGCUUCCAGUACUUCAAGCUUGGUGGAGAAUGCAUUAAUGGGCCUAUUGGACUCCUCUCAGUGUGGACCCCCAAACCCAUGACCCUUAUUGGACACUUCUUUGCCGUGGCACUGUACGCGAUCUACGUCAGCUUCAAGUCAGAGUCUUGGUGCACCAAACCUCGAGCUUUAUUCAAGAGUGGAGCCAUCCUGUACCGAGCCUGCACGGUCAUGUUUCCACUCAUCUACUCUGAGCUCAAGUACCUGGUGUACUGAAGAGCUCUACACCUGGACACAGAAGGACCAAACUCAGUGUGUGGUUUUCACAGUCACGACGUCAUUGGAAGCACAACAGACCUUCCAAAUGUUGGUAUUUUUCAUGUUCCCUUUCUGCUG